AUGUCGCAAACGGUCAACGAUCCCCGCCUGUGCUUCAGCAUCGACAACAUCCGUGCUUUUCACCUCCAGAAUGGGCAGGAGGAUGAACUGACCGUCUCGGGGCCCCAAACCCUCUCCCUUCUGAUGGUGCCCACAACUGCUCCUUGCUCCGACCCCACAAACCCUGAGACGACCGAAGAGGAUUUUUACCUCCACUUACAUCUGCCUCCAGAGCUGGAACUUCCCCUCCCUGCUACCACCCAGAUAUACCACCAGCCACCGAAUAGUUACCUAAUCCCCCGCUGGGAUUUAAGCCUCGAGGCUGGAGCAUUCACAAGAAUUCAGUUUCCACCUGUUGGUACAGGUGCUGGGAAAGUAAGCCAGGAGGACGUCGAUACCUUUGAGACUAUUUUAGCACAGUGCACUGCAUUCCUUGAGCGUGCACAGCCGCCCAAUUACCACGAGCCCUAUAACCCUGCAACCUAUGAAGCUGGGCAAGGCUAUGGUGGUAGUGGGAAGGAGAAACAAAAGCCCGGCCAGGGUCAGAUUGUUCUCGUUGAUGAGGAAAAUGGGAGCGUCGUGGGACAAUUGUCUGAAGGCUUCCAUGUUACAGAGGCUGCCGAUGUGAAGCCAGGUUCAAAAAACCCUGUUCAAAUCCAACUACCUGCCCAAGGGGAAGGAAAUCAAAUCAAUGUCAGCAAUGCGCCUCCCGAAUAUCUUCGCUUAGCAAACCACCCGGCAUACGCAAAGUCAUCGUUAGUACAAAGCGCAGCAAUGGCUUCAAGACUGAUAGUUACCACUUCUGUUCACAUUUCCAAUGCCCUUCACUCAGGCGCGGACACAUUCACGAAGAAGACCAAACCUAACGCUAAACCGAUGACUUUCACACCCACAACGCAGGCGCAUAUUCGACGCAUCAAUACUAUAUCUAGCUCGGCAGCCACAUUGUCUUCGAAGACCGUUGGGCAGAUUGGCAAAUAUGCGCAAAACUUUGGAGCAGCCAUGGCGCGCAAGGGAGACAAGGACUCCCGGUCAAAGGGAUUUGAUAAGGAUGGGAAACCAUACAACAAGCCCGGAAUUCUCAACAAGUCGUUGAUUGCCUUCAGCACGAUUGGAGACGGGCUCGAACAGGGCGCACGCAAUCUCAUGGAAUCUGGAUCACUCGCGGCCACGACCGUAAUUGGCCACAAGUACGGCAAUGAGGCGCGAACGGCAACGUCGAAUCUCACUGGCGGCGUCAAGAACGUGGGGCUGGUGUAUAUCGAUGCGGCUGGCGUGUCUCGCAAGGCGAUUCUCAAAUCCGUGGCCAAGGGGAUGGUUGUCGGGCGUAUGCGCGAUGGACAAGAGGUGAUUGUGGGCGGCGGCGAUGGGGGCCAAGUUCCCCUGGGUUUGGACUCUGGCAAAGUAGCCGUGGGCGAUUCCGGCCAGUCGUCCGGCGCGCUUUCACACCCUCGUGCAUCCUCGCCGUCUCCCACGCCACCGCCGGCCUACGGCACGCGAAACGACGUGUCGCUCGGUGGGACUGCGAUGCAAGGAUCGAAGCGAUGA